AAUUACAUACACUCUGGGUGUACCAAUACGUAGUUCAGAUCACGAAUUUAUUCUGUACAACAGUUAUUUAAUUCGAGCUCUGGAAAUUGUGACAUCACGAAAAGCAAAAACUCUUAUCAAUCACGCGAAUCGCGGAAUGGUCUGGUCAGUCAUCUAAUCAAUUAAGCAGUGUGUAGCGUACCUGCUGAUAAAGACAGAGUGUUUCAAUCCGGAGCUGGUGCGCACUUUUUUCCAUCAAGAAGUUUGUAUUAUCAUUAUCAGUUCAAUUCAAGUGUUAGCAACUCUGUGAAAGAUGUUCGUCGCUGCAGCAGGAAACAUUGAUCAUCUCAGACAAUGGAAGCUCUGGUGAAACACGAACCACAGGAAGACAUGGAUGGUCCUUCCAUAACUUCAGACAUGUUGAUAAUGAAUAGUGCUUCGGUCGUGGACAGCAUUCGUCAGCGACAGCAGCAGGAAGAACUGCCGAGUCAUCGGCAGCAAGACGGGGCUCUGGAACGGCGGCGAGAUCAACAGGUGGGAGCCGGUGACGAUAAGCUACAAAUGAUGCAAACCGACGAAGAUCCGCUGCUGCAGGAAACGAUCAAUGCUCUGAUGAGUGGCGCCGGGGGGAUUGAAGCCGUUUCCGGUAGCGGAGUGACAGCAAUGGUCGCCACCAGCCCUGAGAUUGAUAACGAAAGGAGCUACGAAUGUAAUUUCUGUGGCAAAAUGUUCACGCGCUCCAACACACUGUCUUAUCACCUAAAGGUUCACAAUGAUGAAAAACCGUACAAAUGUGGAUGUUGCGAUAAGGCUUUUCGGGAGCAAUAUCGCCUGGCUAAACAUCAGAAAAUGCAUGUACGGGAUUUGUCUUCUGCAAGCAUGUCGCCGCCCAACGAUCAGGAAGCUGAGCAAUCGCAAGAUUCAAACUUUCCCUCGAAUUCCGGACAUAGUCUGGAGGAGGAAGAUUACACUACCGGUGACAGCGAUCGCUUCUUCAAGAACUACGAAAUGCAGGAGCAUACCGCUGUAAUGAAACUGGAACCGGACAUAUCCCUGACCGUCGACGGUGGGUCCACGAAUACGGUUACACAAUCUUCCAACUCUGAUAAUGAUAUGCGAUAUCAAAUUAUCGAAGAGAGAAUAAAGUCACUCCAGCGGGAAGUGCACCUGGUCAACCAGAAUCUGAACCGAGUCGAGACCAAACUGGACGGGUUGACUAAAAUUAUGGCAAUUUUUAUCAGCAAAUUUGACGAAGUCGAAACACAAUCAAACACAGUAGCGAAUAAUUCCAACGCCGUGAUCCCCAUUCCAAUGAUAUCGCUGCCAAUGGACAACAUUCAAGGCAUCCAACCAACUCAGCCGACCAUCGCAGUUAAUGUUACCCAGCCACAGGCGCAGCUAUCACCAGUGGCACCGCAGAUAGUUGCAACAACGGCUGCUCCGCAACCCAUUCGGAUGAUCACCACCCAGAACCCGGUUGUACCGAUGACAACGGUUACCACUGUCCAGCCGAGUCUGUCCAUUCACCAACAUCCCCAGACCACAACGCAGCCACAGUUUAUUGGUGGCUUACAGAUGAUGGGAGCGGCUAACCAUGGCAGUCCGGCCCUCCUACAGCACAGCAACGACACAUUCCCUGAAAUGCCGGAGCUACCGCUUCGUACGGUGAACGACUUCUUGGACCUGAACGAUCACUGCACGGAUAAUGAGCAGUUCUUGCUGCAAAUGAUGAUCCGUCUGCAUCAGGAAGUCGACAACUCGCAACCCCAUCAACGAAAUGUCAAGAAAAUGAUGGAAGCCCUCGUCACCUACGAAGUUUUGUGUCAGUUCAGUUGGAGCGGAAAAUCUGCCAUCAAUGGGCAGUAUACCAAGUACGUGUUCGGAAACAGCGUUGGCAUCAUCGAUCUGCUUACGAAAACCCUCAAUCUGGGCAAGAGUGCCGAAGAGGCCGAAGCCAACCAGAAACCAAUUUUCACCGCCAUACAGAGCUUCAUCAAACACUCCCGACAGAAUAUGCUGCGAGACAGCCGGAAACGUCGAGACUCCGGCGGUGGGAUCACCUCGGCUGGUUGUUACAGCAAGUGGGACAUGGGAGGAGCCGUGCACUGUGGAGUCGAUCGACUGUUGAAACCUCUGGCGCCAAUGGCGCAUCAGCAAUCACCGCAGCUAAUUAAACUCGAAAAGCAGGACAUAAUCAAUGGUCAGCAGUUUUACGAUUAAUGUUGCUUUUAUUAAUCACAAACAAUAGGGGAUGUCUGGGGUGCUAAUAAUAACUAAGGUAUCGAUAACAUCGUGUAACACCACAGCUGUAAAGAAUAUUAUUAUCGAAGAAGAAAACGUUUUUGUGACGCAAGUCGAGUAAGUUUACUGUGGAAUAAAUAUGCCUAUCUAGUACUAAAGAAA